AUCGAAUGCACGGUCCGCACCGCUUUCGUCUCUUUCCGACAAUGGAAUUCUAGAGAGAGAUCGUGAAGGAAGGAAAAGAGAAAAAAAAAACCAAAAUUCUGGUCUAGAGAGAGAGAGAGAGAGAGAGAGAGAGAAAAAAAAAAAGAAAAAAGAAAACUUAACCAACCAAGUUCAGCUCACCUCUACCGGGCUCCAAAAAAUGGCUGUAUUUAGGGUUUUUCUGCUUCUUUGAGCUCAAAAAUUCUCAACUAAAGAUCUCCAUGGAAAUGCCCGGUCGAAGAUCCAAUUACACACUUGUUAGCCAGUAUCCUGACGAGCCUCUAGCGGCUGCGCCACCACCGCCGUACUACGAUUCUUCUAUUUCCAGUGAUUCCAAGAGUAGCAAACUAAAGCUGGAUAGGGGCUUCGAUUGGGAAUCUAGCGGCGAUCACAGAAUAAAUCAGCAAGCGAAUAGUAAUCGGAUUAGUAAUUUGAACAUGUAUUCGUCGAUCGGGUUGCAAAGGCAAUCGAGCGGGAGUAGUUUUGGUGAGAGUUCGUUGUCUGGAGAGUAUUAUGCCCCAACGUUGUCAACGACUGGGGGGAAUGAGAUUGAGGCAUAUGGAUACAUGCACGAGGAUGGGAAUUUUAUGAGAGCGAGAGCAGUGGAUGCGGCGGUGAUUUCGGGGACGGGUACUGGAUCGUCUGGGAAGAGCUGGGCGCAACAGACGGAGGAGAGUUACCAGUUGCAGUUGGCGUUGGCCUUGAGGUUGUCGUCCGAGGCGACUUGUGCCGAUGAUCCGAAUUUUUUGGAUCCGGUACCAGAUGAAUCGACGUUGCGGUCAACUAGCUCCAACUCGCCUGAGGCCCUGUCUCAUCGGUUUUGGGUGAGUGGUUGCUUAUCAUACUUUGACAAAAUUCCGGAUGGAUUUUACCAAAUUCAUGGAAUGGAUCCAUAUGUGUGGACUGUAUGCUCUGAUUUGCAAGAGAAUGGUCGUAUUCCAUCUAUUGAGUCAUUAAAGUCUGUUGAUCCUAGUGCUGAUUCUUCAUUGGAAGUGGUUUUAAUUGAUCGACGCAGUGAUCCAAGCUUGAAGGAACUCCAAAAUAGGGUCCACAGCAUUUCUUGCAGCUGUAUCACUACAAAAGAGGUAGUUGAUCAGCUGGCCAAGCUUGUCUGCAAUCGCAUGGGAGGUUCAACCAAUGUGGCGGAAGAUGAUUUCAUUUCUAUGUGGAGGGAAUGCAGUAAUGAUUUAAAAGAUUGCUUGGGAUCUGUUGUGGUUCCAAUAGGCAGCCUAUCGGUUGGUCUAUGCAGACAUCGAGCAUUAUUAUUCAAGGUGCUUUCUGACACUAUUGAUUUGCCAUGUCGAAUUGCAAGAGGCUGCAAAUACUGUAAAAGAGAUGAUGCUUCCUCAUGUCUUGUGCGAUUUGGCCUCGACAGGGAAUAUCUCGUUGAUUUGGUAGGGAAGCCUGGUUCUUUAUGCGCGCCUGAUUCAUUGCUCAAUGGUCCUUCUUCCAUCUCAAUUUCUUCACCAUUGUGCUUUCCCCGAAUGAAAUCAGCUGAACCUACCAUUGAUUUCAGGUCUUUGGCCAAACAAUACUUCUCAGAUUGCCAAUCUCUUAAUCUUGUAUUUGAUGAUGCUUCAGCAGCUGUUAUUCCGGCUACUGUUCUUGAUGAUGAAGCUCCAGAAUUCUCUAUGUAUCCUAAGCAAAUUGAGAGUACAGGUGCAGAUAAAAAUAACCUUGUGCAAGUCCCAACCAACAGCAGUGAAGUUUCUCAGUUACCUCUGCCAAUGAAAGUUGCUCGAACAAGUGCCCAAGAUAGAAAUGCUCAAAAUUUUAAGUUGUAUAAUCCUUUACAGAAUAUUAAGCAAGCGACAAAUAUGAUGAAAGAUCCCAUCCAUUUAAAGCAUAUCCCAACUAUGGGGCAUAGAGAUGUGCAACCACUUUUAUCAUUGUCUGAUCAGAGAGUGGAUACUAGUAAAAAUUCAAGAUUUUCUGAAGUUAGUCAACUGGUUUCUAGUAAAACAUCUAAUGAGCUGUCACUUGAUGUGGAGGAUUUGGACAUUCCAUGGAGUGAUCUUGUUUUGAAAGAGAGAAUUGGAGCAGGCUCUUUUGGAACUGUUCACCGUGCUGAUUGGCAUGGCUCGGAUGUUGCUGUGAAAAUUCUCAUGGAGCAAGAUUUUCAUGCUGAACGCUUCAAGGAAUUUUUGAGGGAGGUUGCAAUAAUGAAACGCCUACGACAUCCAAAUAUAGUUCUUUUCAUGGGUGCGGUUACUCAGCCCCCAAACUUAUCCAUAGUGACAGAAUAUUUAUCAAGAGGUAGCUUGUUUAGGCUCUUGCAUAAGUCUGGUGCAAAAGAGGCAUUGGAUGAAAGGCGUCGGUUAAGUAUGGCUUAUGAUGUGGCAAAGGGUAUGAAUUAUCUUCACAAACGAAAUCCUCCAAUUGUUCAUAGAGAUUUAAAAUCUCCAAAUCUAUUGGUUGACAAAAAAUAUACAGUGAAGGUUUGUGAUUUUGGGCUCUCUCGUCUCAAAGCAAACACAUUUCUUUCAUCCAAGUCAGCAGCGGGGACUCCUGAGUGGAUGGCACCAGAAGUUCUCCGUGAUGAACCAUCAAAUGAAAAGUCAGACAUAUACAGUUUUGGUGUCAUCUUAUGGGAACUUGCAACACUGCAACAACCCUGGAGCAAUUUAAAUCCUGCACAGGUUGUAGCAGCUGUUGGAUUUAAGGGCAAGAGACUUGAAAUUCCACGAGAUUUAAAUCCUCAAGUUGCCACCAUAAUUGAGGCUUGCUGGGCAAAUGAGCCUUGGAAACGGCCUUCCUUUGCCGCUAUCAUGGAAUCUUUGAAAGUAUUGAUUAAACCCCCUACGCCUCCAACUGGUCAAGUGGAAUACAAUUACUUGCCUGAAGUCCUGAAUAAUGUUGAACACCAGUGAAGUUUUCUUUUGUACACAUAAUACACAUUCUUUUGACAUUUGACAUCUGGCAGGGAUAAGAUCUAUUUAGACACUAUCAGAAUCCUUGUUGUACAUGUCUCUUCUCCUUGCCAAUUGAGAAUUCUAAUUUUUAGCUCAACAUAAGGAACUGCAACAAUAUUUGCAUUACUCUUUUUCUGUUGCCAACAAUUAUUGUUUAACUUGAUGGGAAAUUGUAUAAAGUUGCCUCUCAUAAUUUUGUAUGUAAUUUGUAACUGGAAUUAGCUUAAUGAGAUGCAGCUUCCUAGCAUUGCACACCAUACAACCAUGUGUUUCGCAAGAACUGAUUGUGUAAGUUGCUAAAAAGUAUCGAGUUGUUGAUUAGAUUGAUUUUUA